AUGAAUUCUUAUCUUUCAGUAAACAUCAUUGAUUUUAGAAGUAAAAGUUUAAACAAAAUAAACACAUUUCACUUUGAGCAUCCAACCAGAAGAAAAUCAUGUUAUUGUAAUUAAUGUGGAAAGAUUAAUCAAUUCUAAUAACAACAUGCUAAUUUACCAACUUAAAAAGAAAUUGAUUACUAGAAUCAAGUAGAGAAUUUAAGAAAGUUAAGUUUAUGUGAUGAAAUUAAGACUGAAACUCCUAGUGAAUUAAGUCUAAUGGAUAGUGAAAAUGGAAGACUUUUAAGGAACUCAAAUCGUUCGAUUUCUAUUGUUAAUAAAUAUUUCAAAGGAUCCAUGAAUUUUGAUUAAUAUAGUGUUGAUAAUUAAACUAGAUUAAAAAGGAGAAGUUGUGAAUGUUCUGAAUGUGGAUAUCUAACUCAAUUUUAAAGAAAGUAUGAAGACUUAUCAAUACCUAAAAGGGAUAAAAAAAUGAAGUAAUUUAUAAUAAAGAACCAUCGUAUAUAUAUUAAAGGAAUUAGUAAAGAACUCUAAUUAAAUUAGAAAAAAAUAAUAAUAUAAAAAUCAAUAAUUUCUUCUCCUCAAAGUUAGAAAUCAUUUUAAAUUAAAUAAUUUGAAUAAAUCAGAAGAACUUAAGAUAUCAACAAAUUAGUAUUAAAUCGUAUUUCAACAAGAGACUUAGAAUAGCAAAAAUAAAUUUAAAAUAAAUAUUCCAUAAUUAAAUCUUGUAAACAAUUGGAUUCUCCUUAAUUUAGUUAUAGCAAAUCUUAAAGAAAUAUAGUUCAUAAACCAACAAUGUCAUUUAAUACAAUAUCUAAUUCAAAGUGGAAGUCCUAUAAAAAUACAAAAGAAUUUUAAUGA